AUGGGUCUAUUCUCGAUAUUCAGAAAGUCCUCUCCACCAGACUAUGAAACCCUCCUCGCCCGUCUAGCGACAGAUAUAAACGAAGCCAAGACCCACCUCUCCGAGAUCCGUCUUCGAGAGCGAAGGUUCUCACUCCUGAUCAACCUCUACGGUAUCGCACUAUGGGCCGUUUGGGUGGGAUUAUGGUGGGUUCACGGAUUACCCUUGGGAUUGAUCGGGUUGAGCCAUCAUGAUACGGAAGGAAGAAUCAUUGGCGCAGCAGGUAUUGCUCUAGGACCCAUAUUUAUCUGGGGUUUGAACAGGUUCAUACAUAUUUGGUUCACUAGACAACGUAAACAUGAGGAGACCCAACUUCGAUCAUUGUUAACAAAACAGCGCUCACACCUUGAAGAGAUCAAGAAAGCGACUAAUUACGAUUCGACCCGUAAAUUGAUUGAGAGGUAUGACGAUCCCUCUGGUGCCGUUAAUGGCAGCCCACAGACCCCUCAGAGACGAAUGCCCGAGUCACCCUCUCCUGUUGGACAUGGUCAGAGUCAACCUGGAAGUAUAGGUAAAGGGAGACCUGACUGUAGUAGCCCGAAUGGAACACCUAGAGCACCGGGACAUUUGGUCGGUGUGGGAGGGACACCAAGAGCUGGACCCAACCUAUCCCCCAUACCCAUUCCUCAAGGUCUGACACCCGACCAGGCAGCAGCUUUAUCCAUGCAGAUGCAAGCUAUACAGCCUGUCUUACCAGUGCCCGAAAAGAGAUGGUACGAUAGAAUAGCUGAUACGAUAUUAGGGGAAGAUCCUUCCCAUGCUGCUCAGAGCAAGUACGCUUUGGUGUGCGGAGAAUGUUUCAGACAUAAUGGGUUGGUAGGGAGUCAAUACGAGUGGGAGAGAAUGCAAUGGAUCUGUCCAAGAUGUAAUCACCUCAACCCGCCUCCAAUCUCUCGUAACCCCUCAUCCUCUGUUGUACCACCAGAACCAAUGACAAACAUCACACCUUCUAAACCUAUCUCGUCGGUUCCCCAGCAUAGAUCUUCACCUAGGAGGAACAGAUUGAAUGGGAAUGGCGAGAAAGUAACACCGAGAUCGUCAAGAUUGGGUAAAGAGGUUUUCUCAGCUAGUAGCUCGAGUGAUGAGGAUGUACCGAGAGAUAAGGCGAAGGUCGUAGAGGAAGAAGGAAUGGACGUUGAUGAGAGUUGA